UUGUAACACAACAAAAUGUGUAAAAAGUCCAGGGGUGUGAAUACCUUCUGAAGGCACUGUAGAUCUAUGAUUCCCUUUGGCAGCUAAUUGUAUUCAUAAAAUGUGUAUUAUGUACAUUAAAAUGUGAGUAAGUGAUUUGGUUGGUUCCUCUCUGCAUUCCCUCUCUGAGCUUGGAGCCCACCUCUCUUUCAUCAAAUUGACAUGACCUAUCGCUGUUGACAUCCAUAAAGUGUUGCGCUGUGGGCUACGAGGUCUCCCCCACCCGUCCAAUAUAAAUACAGGGAUAGCACUUGCCAAGGCACACAACUUCUGCCCUUUUCCACUUGAAACAGAUCUCUACCCGGCGUUACAGGGAUCUAAUAUCCUCCGUCGCAAUGAAAGUAAGUUGCCUAUUAGGGAGGUAUAUUUUGAUCUUUGCGUUCUCACGAAUGGAGAUGCGCAUGGCGCACACAAAUUAUUACGUUCUUGUCAUUUAUUUUGAACGCAUAUUUGUUUCACAUUGUCCGCCUGUUCAUACAGCAUAACUCUACUUUUACAUGUUUCAGGGUGUGAGGACUAUUACAGCUUAUGCACUUGCGCUUUUACUUCUGGCAACGCUCGUCUCCCAUUCGUGGAGUGCACCGAAGGGCAGUUUCCAGAGGAGAAAUUGGUCGCCUCAGGCAAUGCUGUACCUCAAGGGCACCCAGGGACGGCGGUUUAUCAGCGAGGACCGAAAAGAAGGAGACGUAUAUGACACAUUACAUUUAGAGACUCGCAGUCAAAACACAGAGAAACUCCGUGUGAACCAGGCAGCCACAGUCCUGCUCAACUUCCUGCAGCAAGCCAAGGAGGACAGAGAAGAAAAUCUUGAACAACUGUACUUUCAAGACUUGCCGGCAUGGAAAAGAGAGUACUUCUGAUGUGUUUUAUAAUGUAUUUAU